AUGGGCUACCUCACUAUAUCAGGUGCUGGGCUUGGACAACCUGUGCAGUGCAUCCAUCUCCUCACCCUGACGGUGGUGACUUUUGGUGUGCUGGCACCUUUGGUCUGCCACCAGCUCCUGCACUCUUACUUCUACCUGCGGCGCUGGCACCUAAACCCCAUGAGCCAAGAGUUCCUGGAGCAGAACCAGCAGGAGGGCCAGGAUGCCCUCCAUCACUUUGAGAAGAUGCAGAUGCCAAACACCUCCGAUGCCUCUGGCAGUGACUCCUUCCAGCCCUUGCUGCUGAUCGCCAUUAUCACUGUGCAGAGGCGGAAUGAUUUCCACUACGUUUUGCAAGUGGCCUCCCACUUCCACCGCCUCCUCCAGAAGUGUGGGACGCAUUGCCAGAGGCAUCGCAUGCUCCUCUGUAACGUGGAGUCAGACCCCAGCAGCCAUCAGGACGUCAGGCUGCUGAGCAGCCUCUUUCCUGUGGUCAGUCGUGACAGAACUGCAGAGAAUCCUGACCCCAGCCUGAACCAGUUCGAGAAGGAGAAACAGGACUAUGUCUUCCGCCUCGAGCAGUCACUGCUGGUGUACAGCCCACAGUUCAUCCUCCUCGUGGAAGAUGAUGCCGUGCCAGAGAAGGAGAUAUUUUCUGUCUUGCAGCACCUGAUCUCGGCACGGUUCUCCAAGCCCUACCUCAGAGACACUCUCUACUUCAAGAUGUACCAUCCCGAGAGGCUCCAGCACUACUUCAACCCCGAGCCCAUGAGGAUCCUGGAGUGGCUGGGCCUGGGCAUGUUCCUGGGGCCGGUGCUGGCUGGCACGUACUGCCGGGCCGUGGGGCGGGCGGGCCCCAGCUGGUCCCUUGUGGCAUUCUUCGCCCUGUACAGCAUGGCCCUGGCAGAGCUGGUGGGGCGGCACUACGGGCUGGAGCUGCGCCGCCUGCACCCUGCGCUCUACAAUGUUGUGCCGGCCAGCGAGUGCUGCACCCCUGCCAUGCUGUUCCCUGCCGCCUCUGCCCGCCGGGCCUCGGGAUACCUGCGAGGGCUGCGCUGCCGCCAGGGCUUUGCCAAGGACACCACUCUCUACUCACUGCUGCGCGCCAAGGGCGAGAACGCCUUCGUGCUGGAGCCCAACCUGGUGCGGCACGUGGGCAUGUACUCCAGCCUCCGACUGAAGAGCAACCCGAAACUGCUGUGAGCAGCAGUUGUGCCUUGCCGUACCAAAACA